UUCCUCAGUUAUUUCUUAAGUUGUUCAACUUGCACGGCAACAAACGGAACAUUGUUGCAAUGAAGUUGAGACUGAUUUGCUUCACUUUCUUUUUCGUUUGCAGGAGAUUCACAGUGAUUGGGCAAACAGUGGAUUCUAAGGAAAAUGAUGGAGCCUCAACAGAAACUCUGGUUGCCCCUGGCACACCAGAAGGCCAACUAUCUUUAGUGCAUCGCUUGGAAAUAAUGGAAGAUGCAUUCCGGGCUAUAGUUUCCGCACUUUCAAAUCAAUCCAACGAAUUAUUCGCUCCAAUUAAAGAAAUCUUGGUACAACAUCCGUCUGUCAGGUCGUUCCUUUCAUCAACACCAUUUUUAACAAAUGCCACUACCGUCCCUGUAAGGGGCAUCGAUAAAAAUGAGACCGUCGAGAGUAGCACACGAGAAACAAAAGACAUCUUCCAACAAGGAGAACACAUAGUGGAUAACCUUAAAGGAGUGGUGAAGUGUUCGUUGGCUCAUUUGGUUGAUAUUAAUACCGUCGAUGAUUUAAACUCCAGUCUCAACGGAUCGGCAUUAACUGCUUUUUUCGCUAGCAAUGAAUCGCUUGAAAUCAAUUGGCCAAUGCCCUCAGAUGAGUGUCUGAAAUUCAGUACCGGCAUUUGGAUCAGGGUAUACCAGUCUGGUGAUGAAUACAAAUGGCCGGCAGAAACUCUUCUAGCUGUACCCCAAAAGUGCAUAAAAAAGAGUUCGAACAUUUCGUAUUCGAUUGUUCUUUCUCCGCCAUCACCGUCUGCGGCUGAAAAGGAAGAUCCUUGUAAUUUUUAUUUGACCAAAAAUCUGAUUCAAUGCAGAUCUUACGUCAUAGAAGUUAUCCCCAAUUACCAAUCGCUUAGAGGAAAAACUUUACGGAUAGAAACCGUAAUUCCUCCAAAGAUAAGUGCAGAUGGGAGCAUGAAAUCGUUACUAACUGCCGUGGCAAAUGGAGAUGUAUUGAAAUUGAAUUGGGAGGAUAAUUCUGGUUGCAAGCCUCAGAUGACUUCAUUAAAUCUGAAAAUAUUUCAAGAUGGAUUUGUUGAUAUUCAAAGACAAAAUGUCAGCAAUAUCAGGAUUCCGCGGAGUUGUUUGAGACAACAUGUGAAUAAUGAUAACCUAUUCACAAUGGUUUUACCAGCUAAUCCGCAGACAUGCCCGAUUGAUUGGAAGCCAUUAGACAAGUGUCGCAAAUACAGACUUGAAAUCAGUCCCAAGUAUACGGACACUUGGAAUGGGCCUUCUACUUCAUUGGAUAUACUUGCAAAAGGACAGGAAGCUGCAAACAGUUCGUUUGCUUCGAAUGACAUCAUUUGGAGAUGUCCAAGAAAGCAUUUCUUUUGUGACCACCGUUGUUGGUCGUCAGACACACCCUAUAUAUGUGACGGACGAAAUCACUGUACAAAUGGUCGAGAUGAACAUUACUGCGAUCCUGUAUGCAAAGAUGGGUUUAAAUGCGGCCGGCAGUGCAUACCGAACGAACUAGUUUGCAAUGGAAAAUUUGAUUGUUUCGAUGGUUCCGAUGAAGACUAUACAUGCAGUUACGGCAACAUGUGUCAGCAAUUCACAAAUUCAUCCGGAAAUUUUUCGUCGCUGAUAAUCCCCAAGCCUGCCAAUGAAAUUCACUCGGAUAGAAUGUCCGAUGUUGUCCGUAAAACUACCGUUUUGAUAUCGGUAGAACCCACUCAUCAGAUUUGGCUAACGUUCGAAAAAUACCUUACUUUCGAAAACAUGCAUUUUGUUAAAAUCUAUGACGGGCCUUACUCCACUAGUCCUCUUCUGUUCUCCCGGGGCGGCUCACAAAAUCAAUUCUCCGUACGAUCGUCUUCCAACGAGCUUUAUGUAGAAUUUCCAUCUUAUCAUGAUGUGCAAUAUGGAAUCACUGCCCUUUACGCAAGUAUAAACGCAACAAGCGAACCGUUUGUACCAGGAUGCGGCGGUUAUAUUAGAGGUGAAGGAGUGAUUUCGACGCCAACCUAUUCUGCUAAUCCCGAAAUCACCGACUGCUUUUGGUUUUUGGAAACGAAGAACAGCGAAGAUACUCUUGCACUAAGCAACUCGGAUUUCGUCUUGUAUCAGCGGAGGAAAUCAAUUUCUACUACUGCGAGGAGCUCUGUAUUUGGCCACUUACCUGUAACAGUGCCUCCGCCAGCUGAGUCACCCCCACUUAUAAUUUAUGACGGGUGGAGUACUGAAGGUCUCGUGCUGUACAAUGGGGAAGCUGAAGAUCAACAGAGGGCAGUCACCUAUUCGAUCAGCAACAGAAUGAUGGUUCAUUUACCAUCCCCUGAAAUACGAGAAGAACCUCCAUUCUCCUGGACGGUCUCCAGAAUUUCUACACCACAAUGCAACCAUACCUUUGAUGGAUCUAGCGGAAUAAUCAAAAGCCCCAAUUACCCUGUGGUUUAUUCGCAUUUAAGUGACUGCCGUUGGACCAUCGAAUUGAAACCUGGUUUAAAAAUCCGGCUGCUUUUUGCUUUCUUUGAAACUCAGGAUCAAGCAGAUUUUCUCUAUGUUUACGAUGGACCGACUAUUUACUCGAAGCUCCUGUUAGAAAAAUCGGGAUCUGUUAGGACACCUUUUGAAAUUACCUCGACAAGCAAUCAAAUGAUGAUUAGGUUUAUAACCGAUGCCAGCAUUGCUCUUCCUGGUUUUCUUGUUGUUUAUUCAACAGUUUAAGUUUUCCUUGCUUCAUCAGCAAUUCAACAACUUGUAAUUUGGCCUCAAUAUAAAAAGGUUCCCUAG